AGUGCUUUAGAAAAAUCGAAUAAAUUGAAAUCGAAAUAAUUGAAUUCAACUAGUCUUCGUAUUUCGUAUAAAAAAGAAAUGCCGAGUACUCGUCUCUUUAAUCAUACACUCUCAAUGGAGUUCAUCAAGCUCUGUAGAUAAGCAAGACUUUCAUGGAAUUGUUUAUUUUAUGGCUUGGACGUUACGCUUUCAUUUCACUUUUAACCGCGACAUCGAUCAGAGCACAUCAGUUCUUAGUUGAAGACUCACAAUGAGGCACCAAAUAAUUAAUUUUUCCUGUUCUACGCUGCUAAUAAUGCUGCAAGUAUUCAUGUUGUCAAAUGCUGCCUAUACUGCGCGCAAUAAUUUCCGAAAUGAGGAGGUUCAACUACCUUGUCAUGCACCAAAUGGUUCACAGGGAGUUUGUCUAUAUUAUAAGGAAUGUGCUAAUCUAACAAAUUGGAGAAUACAAAAUAAUAUACAUGAUGCAGAUGACGUUGAAAAAAUGCUUUGCGGAAAUGGUGGUGUACACCUUUGCUGUAAUCGAACCAAUUACUAUUUUCCUGACACCAAUUAUAUAACACAAUUAGAUCCUAAAGGCUUGGAAAUACUCAACGAAGUAGAGUGUAAUCGACUAUCAGGAGAUCGUGUAUCCAAUGGGAAAGCAGCAACGCUAGGCCAAUAUCCAUUUAUGGCAUUAUUGAAAUAUAACAGGGAUGGUGAUCAAUUCUUAUGCGGUGGAACAUUGAUAACAUCCAGAUUCGUGCUGACGGCCGCACAUUGUAUAACACAGGACUUAUUUAGAGUACGAUUGGGGGAACAUGAUACUUCAACAGCAGUGGACUGUGAUGACUCAAAACGCCUAUGUCUGCCAAAAACGGGGGAAUACGAAAUCGCACAAAUCUUUAGCCAUCCCGAUUAUUCGAUUCGACGACUUACACAUGAUGUGGCGUUGCUAAAAUUGAAAACUGAGGUCAUAACUCAAGUGCAUAUUAAACCCAUUUGUCUACCCAUUUCGCAGCUCGUCUAUGAUCAGAGCAAUACAAUACGACAUUAUACCAUUGCCGGCUGGGGACGUACCGAAAGUAAUGAAAAAAGUAAUGUAUUACAACAUGCAAAAAUUCCUCAUCAAGCACGUGAUGUUUGUCAGAGGGCUUUCUCCCGAUUCGGCGUAAACAUUACCCACGACCAUAUUUGUGCUGGCGGUGAGAAUAGAAUCGAUACAUGUAAAGGUGAUUCGGGUGGCCCGCUAUUUGCAACCGUACCCUUUAAGUUAUUCAACAACUUAAUAAUCAGACGUCAAGUACAAUUCGGAAUUGUUUCGUUCGGCUUGACCGGUUGUGGUGAUAGAAAUGUGAUCGCCGCGGCGUAUUCAAAUUUAAUGGAAUAUAUGCCUUGGCUCACUGAAAUCAUUGGCAACAAUACAUGAGUAUUUAUAUAUAUACCUAAGUAACUGAUAUGAAAAAGUAUUUAAAAAUAUUUAAAUUUUAAAAUAGUAUAUAUAGAAACAUACAAAAUUACUCUGCUUUCUGUACUUAUUCCUCAGCUAUUAAUCUGCAAAAAUCACAUAAAUAAUAACACGAGCAGACAUACAGGCAUACAUAUAUACAACAACAUCAAAACAAACAAUUAACAUUUUAAAAUUUCCCAGUCGCGAUAAGCGCGUCUUCGGGUUUAGCGAGAAACAUUAUUUUCAAGUUAGGUCAGUGAUUUUGCGAAUCAACAAAAAAAUUUUAUAAGAUAAGUUUUACCACAAAAAAGCUCUCACUUUGUUCCCACUCAUCAUAUUAUAAAUUAUUAAUUUUUUGGUGCUGGAUUUUGCUGAUUAUUUUAGUCGACUCAAUUAUUUUCAUUAUUUUGCUGCUA